AUGGAAAUCUUGCAAAUGGUCGUACCGCACACAUCCACGGAAGAUCUCGCCACAUUUUUAACUCAUCUGACCACCUACCUAUCGCCGGUCAGUUGUCCUUCCCGAAUUCUUAUGAAACGCGCAUAUCGUCUGCUGGAGCUGAUCUGCUCUGGAACUACUAAUUCCACUCGAGAAUACGUAUCCACCAAUUUGGAUUCCAUUCUUGUUAUUAUUCAUGGAUUAAAUAACUCUAUCGAGGCAACCCCGCCCGUCUUGAAAACGACACCAACCAACAUCCCCGCAGAUGCGAUAACCAAUCAACUGGCUAGCCUCUCAUUUAUUGGCGCUAGAAAAUCAGGCCGGAAAAAGGCGCAGGGUCGCAUACCCUGGAAACCCCGGUUGCGUUGUUUGUACCAUCUAUUGUGCCACCUGGUUUCACAGGAACAGAGUACACAAACGGAUUCAGCUUUCCACAGCUCACGUCUCCGAAACUUUGCAAACAUGUUCCUUCCUGAGAUACUGGCUGCCGUUUGUGAGGUAAACCGAAUAGUGCGCGAUUUGGCCGGUCGUUUGCUCGUCAACUUGGUCAUGGCAUUUGCCGGUCAAACACCAGCAUCGGCUAGUGCUCUUCCCGGCAGUUCGUCUACUGCAGCCGUUCUUGACACGAAAACAGUUCGCAGCCUUGGUUGUACAAACGAUUCGGACGACAGUGAUAUGGAAACCCGAAGUCAAGCUGCUUCUCUGUUCGGUGGGUUCACAUGCACGGACGAAGAUGAGAUUCGAUCUACGAUAUCCAUGCCUCGUGGUGGACCACAAUCGCUACAAGUAUGCCAAGCACUUAAUCUGGUGAUUUCUCGCCUUUGGGGCUGCUUACCACCACACAUGCCUGUGGCUUCCAACUCGUCCGAGCUUUCCACACAGGAAUCGGCCAGCCGUGUUGUUUGUCAUUUGCUGCAACACCUGAAAUUCCGACGUGCUUUAGCAUUCAGUCUCGGCUCGGAUUGCCCGUUGAGCAGCAAAAUCGCAUCUGGUAUUCUUUCUGAGGCAUUAUUGGCUGCUAAACAUCUGUCAUCUUCCCCACACCGUGCACUGACUAGAGCCGGACUUCAGUUAAUCCGACUUUUACUCGCAUUUGUCGGUCUUGGUGCGGUAGGCCUCACCGAUUUGGCCAAAGACCCGGUUGGUGUGUAG